AGCCUCUGCGACUGAGGAGAAGAUUCCUCCUGUGUUUGGGAUUCUUCACUCGGGCACUUUUUGAAGCCUCGCAUUGCUGCGCAGACCGACUUUGCUGCCUGCCUUUGUCAGCUCCCCGCUCAUUUUUGCACCUCCCGGGCAGAGUUCACCUGGCACUUGGGGACGGCGCGGGCGGGUGGAGCCCGCGCGGCGCACAGUGGCUGGGGCGGAGGCGAGGCAAUUCCUGGCCCGGGUAACUGAGCGCUCGGGCGGCCAGCGCCAGGCAGCAGCCGCGGGGCAGCAGAGAUUUGCGCGCGCUGGGCUCAGGGGGGAGGAAAGCACCAAAGCGGGCGAGGAGGAGCCGGGACUGCGCUCAUGUGACCGGUGGCGGCUCAGCCUGCGGGGGCAGCCCAGAGGAAAAAAAGUGCCGCCGCUGCUUUUCCGUUCCCUGCCGGGGAGAGCCGGCCAGUGACUCCGCCGGAGGAUGCGAAGCGGCUUCCCCCCAAGCAGAUGAUGGCGAUACGAGAACUGAAAGUGUGUCUGCUUGGAGAUACUGGGGUUGGGAAAUCGAGUAUAGUUUGUCGUUUCGUCCAGGAUCAUUUUGAUCACAAUAUCAGCCCUACUAUUGGUGCAUCUUUCAUGACUAAAACUGUGCCUUGUGGGAAUGAGCUUCAUAAAUUUCUGAUCUGGGAUACAGCAGGUCAGGAGCGGUUUCAUUCUUUGGCACCAAUGUACUAUCGGGGAUCAGCAGCAGCUGUUAUAGUAUAUGAUAUCACAAAACAGGAUUCUUUCCAUACUUUGAAGAAAUGGGUAAAAGAAUUAAAAGAACAUGGUCCUGAAAACAUUGUCAUGGCCAUUGCUGGCAACAAAUGUGAUCUUUCUGAUCUCAGGGAGGUACCUAUGAAGGAUGCCAAAGAAUAUGCAGAAUCUAUAGGUGCAAUUGUUGUUGAAACCAGUGCAAAGAAUGCUAUUAACAUAGAGGAACUCUUUCAAGGAAUUAGUCGACAAAUUCCACCCUUGGACCCUCAUGAAAAUGGCAACAAUGGAUCAAUCAAACUUGGAAAGCAGACUACACAGACAACUAGACGGUGCUGCUGACCUAAUAUGGCCAGUUUUGGUUUACUUGAAUACAAUAAAAUAAAAUGCCAUUUGCUUAUGCCAUUUGCUUAUGCAUUGAGCAAAGGACUUCACAACCUCACUGGCAAGGCACCUUGCUUUAAAAGCAGUAAUUUCAGUACAACGUGCACAUAAUAAUGCAAGGUUCAGACGCAGAAAAGAUUUUGCAAAAACUAGAUGGAAAAUCCUCCAUAGAUUACUGCCAAAAUUCUUGAGUCAAUUUAUUCUAAUCUCUGGUUUAAACCAAUGACUGUUUGGUUGGUUGUUAUUUUUUAAUAAAAUGGCUUUUUACAUGGAAACUUUAGAUUUGCUAUAAAAUCUCUCCUCUUACAUGACUGGGUUGACUCAGUAAUGUUUUAAACUGAUCAUUAGA